UUCCUCCUCUUCUUCUUCUUCUCUUCCCCUUUCCGUCCCGGAAUCGACUCCCCGCGCAGCGCCGCCGCAGCUCAGGACGACCGCUUCUUUUCUUCCGUCCACACCGGGGAGCCAUGUCCGGCGAGCCACGCGAGGAGGAGGAGAACGCCGCCGAGCUCAAGAUCGGCGAAGAGUUCCUCAAGGCCAAGUGCCUGAUGAACUGCGAGGUGGCGAUCAUCCUGGAGCACAAGUACGAGCAGCUGCAGCACAUGUCGUCGGACGGCGGGGCGGACCAGGUCUCGCAGGUCUUCGAGAAGUCGCAGGGCUACGUCAAGCGCUUCAGCCGCUACAAGAACCCCGACGCCGUGCGCCAGGUGCGCGAGACGCUCUCGCGCUACAGCCUGCACGAGUUCGAGCUCUGCACCCUGGGCAACCUCUGCCCCGACACCGCCGACGAGGCCAGGGCGCUCGUGCCCUCCCUCGUCCCCGGGGGCAGGUUCCAGGGCGACGAGCGGAUCGACAAGAUGCUCAACGACCUCUCGCUCAUCAAGAAGUUCGAGUAGCUCAGUUGUGGUGUAUCAAUUAAGGUCACAUGAUGAUGUGCUAGUAACUACUGGUAGCUUAAUCUUCGCAUUACCUCCUUUGGAAUCAUCAUAAUAUGACCUUUUGGGUGUCUGUUAAUGUACUGAG